AUGGAGUCAGCAACCAGUGACCGGAGGCUCAACUCUCGCCAAUCCAAAGCACGACUUAAACAAACCACAGGGCCGUUUUCCGCCCGUUCCGCGGGCUGGAUUGAGAGCACUUCAUGGAUCCCACGCCUGAAGGCGUUGACCGCAUGCUCGCACAGAUGGAGGUGGCUUACAGGCGAGUUGAGACCUGCACGAGUCGGGUGAAGCUCGAGUCGGCGGAGAUCAACUUGUUGAAGGUUCUGGAGCAGGCCAGGGACGUGAUGACAGCAUCCUUGAUGUCCGUGAGCCGGGAAUUGCUCCAGGAGGUUUUCGGCGGAAGCUGCUUUCGGACUGCCAAGAUUCGGGCAGUGCUGGAUGCACUGAGGCUUUCGCCAGAUCGUGCUGGUGACCUCCGAUUGCAAGGUUGCCGGAAUGCCUGCGAGUCCGUUGAACAAGUGCUCAAGGACCUUGGCUUAGGCGCGGCAUUGCGCAAGGCGCAGGAGGCCGAGCGCCAGGCCCUGGCGCAGGAGGCAGCUGGAGGUGCAGCAAGCGCCGUUGUCGGAGCAGCCGCAGCAGCGGCAGCAACUGCAGCGGCUUCAGCCUUGGGGGGAUCGGAGGAGGCAGCAAGAAAAGCUGCGGCCGAAGAGGAGGCUGCAAGAAAAGCUGUGCAGGAGGAGGCAGCGAGAAAAGCUGCAGAGGAGAAGGAGGCAGCGAGAAAAGCUGCAGAGGAGGAGGAGGCAGCGAGAAAAGCUGCAGAGGAGGAGGAGGCAGCAAGAAAAGCUGCAGAGGAGGAGGAGGCAAGAAAAGCUGCAGAAGAGGAGGCAGCAAGAAAAGCUGCAGAGGAGGAGGCGGCCAGAAAAGCUGCAGAGGAGGAGGCAGCCAGAAAAGCUGCAGAGGAGGAGGCAGCAAGAAAAGCUGCAGAAGAGGAGGCAGCAAGAAAAGUUGCAGAGGAAGAGGCUGCAAGAAGAGCUGCAGAGGAGGAGGCAACGAGAAAAGCUGCAGAGGAGGAGGCGGCCAGAAAAGCUGCAGAGGAGGAGGCAGCCAGAAAAGCUGCAGAGGAGGAGGCAGCCAGAAAAGCUGCAGAGGAGGCAGCCAGAAAAGCUGCAGAGGAGGAGACAGCCAGAAAAGCUGCAGAGGAGGAGGCAGCCAGAAAAGCUGCAGCGGAGGAGGCAGCCAGAAAAGCUGCAGAGGAGGAGGCAGCCAGAAAAGCUGUAGCGGAGGAGGCAGCCAGAAAAGCUGCAGAAGAGGAGGCAGUGAGAAAGGCUUCGGAAGAAGAUGAGGAUGGAAAGAAGCAUUCGAAGGUAAUCACAGGCCACGCAAAGGGCAAAGGCAAAGGUCUUGGAGGCGCGAUGCCUGCCCGGCCUCUCUGCCAUGAAGGUCGAGUGCCCCUUUGCCGCAUUGGCUGCAAGCGACAAGUGGCGCCUGGGGUGACCCGUCACGGCAAGCCCUUCGACACCUGCUGCCGCGGAUGUGCUUUGGGGCGGAAGGAACAUGACGUGCUUUGCGGCAAGAUCGACCCUACAAAGGUUGGCCCCGGCAAGUGCAAGAUGGGCUGCAGCCUUGCCGCGGCCAGAGGUCGCGAUUCCUCCGGACUGGCGCUGGACACCUGCUGUAGAGGAUGUGCUCGAGGGGAAGGCCAUGACGAGAUGUGUGGCCAAGAUAUCGGGGAGAUUGCCAUCCCGUACGCUGACGCUUCGGACGCCUUCUUUCAGCGCGCCAAGUCAGAGAUGGCCUUGGUGCAGUACAACCAGAUGCUCGCGGAGGUGCGGCAGCUCAAUCGGAAGGCCCAGACAGUCGACGAGUGCCUUGACAAGUGCAAAGCAAUCCUGGCCUCACAACCAGAGCUUCUUGCGGAGCUGCAGAGGCUGCUGGUUCUCUCCGCAAAGCCGCGCCGUACUGUGAUUUGACGGGCGGC